AUGACCAGGGAACUUCCAGACUUCAAAUCCGUCUUCGAAGCCAAAACGGGCGAAGAACGGAUACAAGCCUGGCUCUCCCUCGACAAAGACGAUGCGGGCAACUCCAAGUCUGGCAGCUGGAUGGGCGUGCUGUCCCCCUCCAUAUCCCUCGUCUCCACGUCCCUGACCCCGAACCCCUCCGCCAUCUUCUCCUUCACCGUUCUCCCGGAGCACUGCAAUCGCGCCAACAACCUCCACGGCGGCGCCGCCGCCACCCUCUUCGACUCCCUCACCACCUUACCGAUAGCCCUCAUCAACGACAAGCCGGGCUUCUGGCAGUUCCUCGGUGUCUCCCGCACCCUCAACUGCAGCUACCUCCGCCCGGCCCCCGCCGGCGAGGAGUGCCUCGUUGAGUGCGAGGUCGUCCAGAUCGGCAAGACGCUGUGCCAGCUGAGGGGGACGCUCCGCCGCAAGAGCGACGGGUUGGUGCUGGCCACGUGCGAGCAUCACAAGUUCAAUACGGAUCCACUGGCGAGCAAGCUGUGA